AUGAGGGAUGAUCGAAUGUGGAUGUAUAGUCGGCGUGACGAAAGUGGAAAAGGACUCAACAAAAAGUUUAUAGAUGGUGUAGAACAAUUUGUGGCAUUUGUUCUUUCUCAACCAAAUCUAGUCUCAAAUGGCCAAAUAAGGUGUCCGUGUUCAAAGUAUGACAAUAAGAAAUUUUUAGAGUAUGAAAUCGUCAAGGUUCACCUUUAUCGUCAUGGUUUUGUCCCUAAUUAUGACCCAUGGAGUUAUCACGGGGAACCUUUACAUUAUGAUGAUGUUGAUUAUGAGGUUGCUAGAGAUAUUGAAGAAAGAGUUGAAGAUGCUGUUGGUCCUAGUGUCAAUCCUAAUACUAAUAUAGAGUUAGAUGAUCCUCCAAGCCAUAAUGCUCAAAAAUUUUAUGAGAUGUUGGAAACUGCUAAAGAGCCACUGUAUGAAGGGUGUAGUAGGCACACUCCAUUAUCAGCAAUAUCUAGAUUGUUAAAUAUCAAAUCUGAGUUUAACUUGAGUGAGAAUUGCUAUAAUUGUAUUUUACAAUGGGUAAAAGAAUUGUUGCCAAAUGAUGAAAAAUUGCCUAAAGACUAUUACAAGACUAAACAAAUGGUAGGACAACUUGGUUUGAAGUAUGAGAAAAUAGAUGUGUGUCGAAAUGGUUGUAUGCUGUACUAUAAGGAGAACAAGGAAAGGAGGGAAUGUUUGGUGUGUGGCCAUGAUCGCUUUAAAUCUAGAAAAAGAGAUAAUGGAAGUAAUAAAGACAUACCGUACAAGGUGCUGCGUUAUUUCCCAUUGACUCCAAGAUUACAAAGGCUUUAUAUGUCUUCCAAAACAGCAGAGCACAUGGUAUGGCAUCAUAAAACAAGGCGAGAGCCAGGGGUCAUGUGUCAUCCUUGUGAUGGCGAGGCAUGGAAACAUUUUGAUCAAUGUUAUCCCUCUUUUGCUUUAGAACCUCAAAAUGUUAGGUUAGGCUUAUCAUUAGAUGGGUUUACUCCAUUUGGGCAAUCUGCACAUCCAUAUUCAUGUUGGCCUGUAAUUGUUACACCAUAUAAUUUGCCCCCUGGGAUGUGCAUGAAAACCCCAUAUAUGUUUCUUACUCUUAUAAUUCCUGGCCCAAAGAGCCCUGGGCAAAAAAUUGAUGUGUACUUGCAACCUUUAAUUGAUGAGUUGAAAGAAUUGUGGGAGGUUGGUGCUUUAACCUAUGACUCAUAUAAGAAGCAAAAUUUUUAUAUGAGAGCUUCACUAUUAUGGACUAUUAAUGACUUCCCUGCUUAUGGCAUGUUAUCCGGAUGGAGUACGCGUGGAAUUUUGUCAUGCCCAAUUUGUAUGGAGUACAGUAAAUCAUUCUUCUUGGAAAAAGGAAAAAAGGUGACAUUUUUUGAUUGUCAUCGUCAAUUUUUGCCACUACAACAUCCUUUUCGUCGAGAUAAAAAGUCAUUUUAUAAAGGGUGUGAUGAGAAAUCUCCUAUCUCUCAAAGAUUUUCUAGUGAUGACUUAUGGGAAAAAGUUUGUUGCUUGCCAAGAAUGAUGGAGAAAAAUGGAACUUACAAGUUGCCUGGGUUUGGCAGUCAACAUAAUUGGACUAAACGUUCUAUAUUUUGGGAUUUGCCUUAUUGGAAUACCAACUUGAUUCGCCAUAAUCUUGAUGUUAUGCAUAUUGAGAAGAAUGUAUUUGAUAAUAUAUUCAAUACUGUUAUGGAUGUUAAAGGUAAGACGAAGGACAAUGAAAAGGCUAGAGAGGACUUGUCUACUUAUUGUAACCGACCAGAAUUGGCAUUGUUUAAGAGUGUUGGAAAGACAAUGAAGCCAAAAGCAACAUACACUUUGACAAAGCAACAAAGGAAGUUGGUAUGUGAAUGGAUUAAAAAUUUAAGACUUCCUGAUGGACAUGCUUCAAAUUUGUCUAAAUGUGUUGACAUGGAAAAUUGUAAAUUGUUAGGGAUGAAAAGUCAUGAUUGUCAUGUAUUUUUACAAAGAUUGCUCCCAAUUGCCUUUAAAGAUUUAUUACCUGAGGCUAUUUGGAAUGCCUUAACAGAAAUAAGUCUAUUCUUUAAAGACAUAUGCUCAACAAUUAUAACAGUGGAGCAAAUGCAAAAGCUUGAAGAAAAUAUUGUUGUAACUAUUUGCAAGUUAGAAAAGUUCUUUCCUCCAGCCUUCUUUGACUCCAUGGAACAUUUCCUAUUCACUUACCUUAUGAAGCAAGAGUUGGUGGACCCGUUCAGUAUCGAUGGAUGUAUCCAUUUGAAAGAAGAAACAUCUACAUUCUGUGCUCAUUACUUUGAACCUCAUGUUCAAACAAAACUAAACAAAAUUGAUCGAAAUGAUGAUCAUAGUGAGGUUGACUGCCCAGAUGGAUGCCUUUCUAUAUUCAGACAUCCUGGUCGCACAGCAGGAAAAGGAAAAACACAAUUUUUGACAAAUGAUGAAUUUAAUGUAGCUUCUAUAUAUGUUCUGCUUAAUUGUGAGGAAAUCCAACCAUUUCUUAGAAUAUUUGAAGAACAACUUAGGAAAAGAAUACCUAAUGCAACCAAUGAGGAUGUAGAGACUAAGAUAGAUAGUGAAUUUGCAAAGUGGUUGAAAGAAUAUGUUUUUGACCCAAAUAACAAUGUAGAUGAUGUUCGUAUAAAGGAUCUAGCUUUUAGGCCAUCUAGAGAAGUACAUACAUGGUCUCAAUAUUUUAUCAAUGGAUAUCGGUUUCACACACGUGCUUACAACUCAUCAAAAUCUACCAUGAACUGUGGAUUGUGCAUUAAGGGAACAAAUUAUAAUGAGUUUGAAUAUGACUAUUAUGGUUUGUUGGAAGAAGUGAUAGAAUUGCAAUAUUAUAAUCCAACCUCUAAGAAAACUAGAGCGUAUGAACCAUUUGCACUUGCUCAACAAGCUCAACAAGUUUAUUUUGGAGAAUAUGCUAGUAAGAAGAGGGAGAGGGCUGAUUGGUGGGCUAUUUGUAAAAUAAAAGCAAGGAGUAUGAUAAAUGCACCAGAAGUAGCCUUCCAAGAAGAUGAUAUGGGAUUGCCAUAUGACACAAGCAUGGAUGCAAUUAAUAAUCUUUGUGAAGGGGUAGCUGAAGAACUUGAAAUACAAGAAAAUGAGAUGAGAUUACAGUAUGAAACAAAUGAUGUUGAUGAACUAGAAAAGUUAGAUGAGGAAGAUGAGCUUGAAAAUGAGGAAUUUCAAACUGAAGAGGAAGAUGAACUUAGUGAGAGUGAUAGUAUUGAAAGUGAUGAAUCAAAUACUGAAAAGGAAGAUGAAGCUUAG